UAAUGAAAAAAAGUAAAUCAACUCUGGUUAAUGAACAAAGCUCAAUCAACGAGCUUUCUUUGUAUCUAACAUUUCCUGUUGAGUAUGAAGAAGGGGGUGACUUUGACGUUCUUAAGUGGUGGAAGGAAAAAGAGAGAACGUUCCCGAUCUUAUCAAAGAUGGCUAAGCAAGUGCUAGCAAUACCGGUAUCAACAGUUGCUGUGGAACAAGAGUUUAGUGCGGCCGGCAACGUCCUAACGGAUUAUAGAACGAGAUUAAGCGCAAACUCUCUUGAGACGCUUGUUUGCUUCCACGAUUGGUUGAAGGCUAAACGUAAAACUCAAGAAGUUAGCAUUGAACCCACCCGCCACUUUAUGGAAGAAACAACCGAAGAUGGCGGAAAUUCCGAUUGAUUCUUAUUUAUUAUAAAGUGUAUUUCAUGUUUUAAUUUUUGCUCAAUUUUCAAUUGUACUACAUAUUUCAAAUAAAUAUAUUUUAACUUUGACUUGUCCAAUUGUACUACAUCUUAAUUUAAACCAAAAAAAAAAAAAAAAAAAAGGGCCGGCCCAAACCGGCCCCCUACCCGGCCAGGUAGGCCCGACCCGGACCGGACCCAAUAUCACCUCGGGCCGGUUCCGGGCCCAUGUUUGUUAAAAAAAGGCCCAACCGGGCCCGGAACCGGAACCAGCCCGGGUCCAUCACUAAUUGUGAUUAUAAUAUUUUUGGUACCAGAGUAGUAAAAAUACAAUAUUGAAGAUAAUAAUAGUGGAAACUAUGUGUGUAUAUUGUCCCGCAGGCCAACCCACAACGCAUUGGCCCAACCCACUUAGGAUGUUUUUACUUGGACUGUAAUUUGCCCCAGACCAGACCAGACCAGACCAGUCCAGACCAGUUCAGACCAGACC